AUUAACAGAACCUUAAAAUAUGCGUCUAACUCGAUUUUUAAAUUAAAUGAAAUAUAAAUAAAUAAAUUACAAUGACAACUUUAUGGUCUGCUGUAAGAAAAAGUUCCCUGAAUUUGUCCCAUUCCAACGUUUACUUUACAAACUGGUUUGUGGUUCGUUUAUAUUCAUCUAAAAUAAACAUACCGAAACGAAUUCAAAGAGGGCCCACUGAUAUCCUGAGGGCAUUAGAAAGCACAAUUGAAAGAGACCCUACUGCUGCUCAUUAUAAGUAUCAUGAUGACCCUUACCUCAUUCCCAGAGUUAAUUAUACAAAAAGAAUGUUUGCAAUGGCCCAAGAGUCAGGUAGGAAAACUGCCCAUUGGAUUAAGGAGCAACAUCCUGAAUUGUUCCAACACAGAGAAGCAGAUCCUUUUAUUCAAAGCUUUGCUCCUACAAUAAAAUUUACUCCAGACAGCAAAGUCGCUGAGGAGGAUCUAAAACAUGCUAUUGAAGAUACACAUGUGUCUGAUGCCUCCUUAAUUUAUAAAUUGUUAAAGAAAAUGGGUGCUGAAAUUAAUAAUGACACCCAAUUAAAUUUACUGGAAUUAUUAUGUUUCUACAAUGGAGAUGAUGCCAUGUCUGAUGAAUUUAUAGAAGAAAAAUGGUUCAAACAGACCUCAAAGGAAGUCAGAGAACAAUUUAAAAAGACUUGGAAAGAUGGAGGACUUGCUGAGGAGGUGUUUAUCAGUAUAGAAAACCCACCUGCUGAAGCAUAUAGUGCAAUUAUUCAAGGAAUGGCAAAAUAUUAUCAGGCAGACCGUGCCUUUGAACUGUUUGAAGAGGCCAAAGGGAAAGGACACAUUCUCAACACUGAUGUUUAUAACUCGAUUAUAAGAAUUAGUCCCAUUCUUAAGGAAGGAUAUGAUCUCAGAUGGAGUUUUGUAGUUGACCUACUAAAUCAGAUGUCCAAAGCAAAACUUAAACCCAACUUGGGCACCCUCAAUGCUGUCUUGAGGGUACUUAGCACCAUGGGAGGAGGAAAAUUGGUUAAGGAAAAUGUGCUAAAAACUUUAGCAGAAUUUAAAAACCUUGGGGUGGAGCCAUCCUUGGCUUCAUGGUACUAUGUACUGAUUGCAUUUUGCAAAGAUAGAGGGCCCAAAAGUGGAGUUCUAUUCGAAAUACUGAAAGAAAUCGAAAACAAAGAGUUCACUGCUCGUGACAUUUAUGAUACCUACUUUUUCGUAACGGCAAUGGAAAUUUGCAGAUACCAUCUUCACAGUAAAGACGCCGCAGAAAGGGUUCACAAUGUUCUAAUGUUUAAAGAUAAUUACAAUCUUAUAGGAGACAGCUACAAGGAAUCCAUUUAUUAUCGUCACUACACUUCAAUUCUGUGUUCUCAAAUGCCAAUUGAAGAAUUCAUGAGCAUAGUUUACUCCAUUAUCGUUCCUAACAUUUAUAUACCUGAACCCAGUGUAGUAAAAGAGAUUUUGGACAGCGUCGAAGCCACUGGUUCCAUUGAAUUUCUGCCUAAACUUUGGCAGGAUAUUGUCUCAUUUGAUUACAUACGAAGGAAUAUAAUUAUUGAGACUGUCCCAGCAAUUAUGGCAAACAAUGAACCUCCAGAAGGUUCAGAAUUACAUGAGCAAUUUGCUAUCAUUGCUAGAGACAUUAUCCAAAGACUAGAAGCUUUAUCACAAGAUGAAAGAACAAAAAUAAGUUUGUCUGGUGAAAUGUUUGGAAACUUAAUUAGAGUGUUAUUAAGGGACAACGAUUUUAAUAGCGCCUGUACGGUUUUACAAAAAUUAAUGAAGGGACAAAUUGAAGUCCUUGGAGUACCAAAAAUAGAGGAUUUACAAUUAUUUAUAGAACACUGUGAAAAAAAUAAAGCUCCGACAAAAGCGAUUGACUGUGUUCAAUAUGCUGCUGACAGUGGGCACAUUGGUUAUGAAGAACUGGCAUCCAAAAUAAUUAAGUUAUUCACUCUUGAUGAAAAUCAUUUAAACAAGCUUUCAAAAAUAGUUGGACCUGAUAUUCUACAUCAGCAGGAAAGUGUUAGUUGUUAAUACAUUUUAUAUUAAUUUU